GAUUUAAACUCUGGUCCACACUCCGAAGCAGCAGGUGGCGGUAAUGCGCCUAAUACGCUGGUACCAACUACCGUUAAAAAACAGAGAGAAGAAGACGAACACCGACCACUUCCGGGAGAAAUACAUACACAUGGGACCGAAAAUCUGUCAGGCUUCAUCCAGAGGGUGCAGUCAUGACGAGGUGGGCGAGAGCCAAUAACGUCCAUAAACACAAGCCAGCAGAGGCCACUCCAUGGAGCCGGCUGAGAGGAGGAGGAGGAGGAGGAGGAGGAGGAGGUCAUCCAGGCAGAUCUGGUGGCCCCGCCGAUGCUAAACGAGGACCUCAGAGGGACCAUCUGAGAGGGACUCAGCCUGGUGGAUCAGCUGUGAAAAAACCCAACCAUAAGAAGAAGGACUACGUCAGUGAGGAUGUGAACGGCUUCCUGGAGUAUCUCCAGCAGACCGGACAGCCGCUACCUAAAGGGGAUAAAGGAGGGUGGCAGGGGGUGCAGGGGCUCAGGGAGGAGGUGGAAACCGCCCUGAAAAAAGACAGAAGAAGAGAGGACAGAAGGAUAAAGAGGCAGACGGACAAGAAGAACAACAUGCUGUGUUUUAACUGCAGGAAGCCCGGUCACGGUUUGGCCGACUGUCCGGAGGCCGACAGGGACGAGGAGAUGGGCCGAGGCAUCUGCUACCGCUGCGGCUCCACCGAACAUGAAAUCCAGAAAUGUAGAGCUAAAGUGGACCCUGCUCUGGGUGAUUACCCGUAUGCUAAGUGCUUCAUCUGUAGUCAGACUGGACACUUGUCGCGGUCCUGCCCAGAUAAUCCUAAAGGACUUUAUGCUCAAGGAGGUUGCUGUCGUGUUUGCGGUUCGGUGGAACAUUUUCAGAAGGACUGUCCAGAGCACCAGGCUUCGACUAACUCGGUGACGGUUGCCUGGUUGUCCAACAAUAUGAGUGCAGACCACGAAGAAGUGCAUGUUCCUGUGAAGAAAGCCAAACCCAAACAGACUAAAGUGGUGAUGUUCUGAUCUGCAGAGGUCGUCUCCUGCUGAUUCUUCACUCUGACUCAGCUUCACCCUCUGGACUCUAAUAAAUGGACUAAUCACCAUUCACAUGCAGCGAAGUGGCUCUUCAGACACAUUCUGAAUCUCUUUGUGUAUAUCUGAGGUGCUUUUUAAUAAAGCGAUGCUUCUGUA